UGGCGGAUAUCCACAAAAUUUUCAGUUAAAAGUAACUGUUUUCAAUAGCUGAACUUAUAGUGUAUAUUAUAUUUUUGGAGUAUUUAAAAUGGAAUAAACGUUUGAUAUUAAUUUAUGAGAAAGAAAGUUCUAAUGUGAAUUGAACGAUCGAAUGAAAAUUCAAUGCAAGAAUAAAAAACGAACCUUUAUUUCCAAAAGGUCAUUGUGGAAGCCGAAUCGAUCACGAAGCUUCUUCACUAGGAAGAACAAUUGCAGAUACGGGAUGGAUACGAGCGAAAUUUUGUUGAACAAAUUCGAGCUUGGUGAAAGCGACACGACACUCUUUACGAAAAUAUGCAUCGCCUGGAGGAGUUAAAGGAAAAAGAUAUAGGGAAGGACUGCCGUGACAACAUGAACAAAUGUUCGUCGUGCAUAUAUAUGCUUCUCCGUUUGCUCUUAUUCUAUUCCUGCUCUCGUUAUGUGCCUGGCUCUGCGUUUGCCGAUGGGGAUUCGGCUACAAUCUGAAAGACCGAGAAAUCGCCUAUUGCCUGGUGGCCUAUUUUAUUAUUAUCUCGUUCCUGAACGUUGUCUUUCUAGGACAUGUACGACUAUUUUACGAUUAUCCGCCGGAAAUGGUCGGUAAUUGAUUGAGGGUUAUCGGCAGUGAUGGCAGGUGACGUCAGUCGCUUUGAUGGCUGCUAGAUGGUGUUACCCAUACAAAUCUUGCUGGAAGAAGCUGCCAAUUCCUAGAGUGCAAUAUAUUAAUUUGCGAGCGAAUUAGUGAUUUCUCGCGGCAUAUUUCAGUGAGAAACGUAAUUAACUUUGGUGGAUGCGCAGAAAGUGUUUGUAGUUAUUGGAAUCAAUGAAGAUUGCGCGGAGCUUGAUUUGAUCGCUUGUAACCUAACCUAAAAACGGAACUGCUACGAUGGGUCUUUCAAGGCACAUUCAAUUCAUCAGCCGUACAAUCUUUGUUCAAAACAAUGACGUGGAUAAGGCAUGCCGCUUAUUAAAUCGCAUACUGUCCAAAGAAGACAUCUUCAACCAGUACAGGCGCACAAGGUAUUAUGAGAAACCGACUCAGGUCAGACGUAGGGUCAACUAUGAGAUGUGCAAGUCGAUCUACAACGAGGAUAUGGACAGGAAGAUCAAAUUUCUUCUACGCAAGAACAGAGUAGAUCCUUAUCCCGGUGCAUUGUAGGAUUACCUAUUCCAUGUUAGAUUGUAUCAUUGCAAUAAAUCUAUCCAUCAAUUC